CUGCUGUACUUGGGAGCGAGUCUCGUGCAACUCCACCACAGCCUUUCAAGGAGCUAGCAAGUCUUGAUUUGUCCGGCAAUGAAAUUGAUGGUUGCAUACCUAAUGAAGGUUUUGAAAGGCUAGCUGUAUUGAGAAGGUUGGAGGUAUUGAACCUCACUUUUAAUUACUUUGAAGAUAGCAUUUUACCAUCCCUAACUCAACUUUCAUCCCUUACCACAUUGGUUCUUGCGCAUAAUGAUCAUUUGGGAAAUUGGGCAAUAGCUGCAGGUUCUAAAAGCUUGUCAAAGUUAGAGAACCUAGAAACAUUGGAUAUUAGUUUCACUAAUUUCAACAAGAGCUCCAUAUCAUCGUUGAGUACUGCAAGCAAAUCAUCAUCCCUUAGGAAUCUGAAUCUUGCUGGACUUUUGAUGGAAGGACCCUUACCUGCCCAAGAAUUAUCGACGUUAGAAAACUUGGAGAGGUUGGAUUUAAGUAGGAAUGGUCUCACGGACGGCUUAACACCCAAAGAAUUCCAUAGUUUGUCUAAACUGAGCAAGCUAAAGCACUUAGAUUUAAGUUGGAAUAACUUCGGGAAGCAAAUUUUAAGAGUUUUGGGCGCCCAACUCCCAGCCCUCAAGUCUUUGAACCUAAGUACCAACGAAAUCGAAGGGCCUCUUUCUAUCAAAGAAAUGGCUAAUCUAAGCAACUUGGAGGUCUUGAUCUUGCGAGAUAACCUACUUACUGGAAGAUUACCAAUCCAAGAUUUGGCAAAUUUAAGUAGGUUGGAGAUUUUAGAUAUGCAUGGAAAUCACUUCACUGGGAGUAUUUCUCCAUAUAUUGGGGCACUAUCCUUGGCGAAGGCUAUAUCCUUAUCUGACAAUGAUUUCAAUGGAGAUUUUCCUUCUCAAGAUUUGUGCAGAUUGAAGAAACUUGAAGAAUUUGAUAUUUCGGGCAAUGAAUUUGAAGGGAUCCUUCCUCGAUGCAUAAAUAAUAUGUCAUCACUAAGAUUGUUUGAUAUAUCUGGUAAUCGUUUCAUUGGAAACUUGUCUUCAUCUCUAAUAGCUAGCUUGAGUCCCACAGCUAUUGAGUAUAUUGAUCUUAGUCAUAAUCUAUUUGAGGGCCUAUUCUCAUUCAGCUUAUUCGCUAAUCAUUCCAAGCUUGAGGUGGUUCGAUUUAUGAGCGACAACAGCAAACUUGAGAUUGAAACUGAAAAUCCAGUCGAUUGGACCCCAUUAUUUCAGUUAAAGGCCCUAGUAUUGCGAAAUUGUAAUAUGAACAAGCUAACGGCAAUAUUCCGAAGUUUCUCUUUGAUCAGCACAGAUUGGAAGUAUUUGAUUUCUCUCACAAUAAGUUGAAAGGAAGCUUCCCCUUUUGGUUGCUAAAAAAUAUAAUACAAGGCUACGACUGCUAAAUCUUAGAAAUAAACUACUUUCAGAUCGAGAUAUGGGCAUUAUGAAUUUAAGGUGAUGCCUUUUGGGUUAGCCAAUGCCCCUGCCGCUUUUAUGGAUUUAAUGAAUCGGGUAUUUAGACCUUAUUUGGAUUCCUUUGUGGUAGU